AUGUCCUCAAUCUACACGUCGGACUUGAAAAACCACCGUCGGGCGCCGCCGCCCCCUGGAGCUCGGCCAGAAGCUCUGUCGCGCUUCAAUUCUGCUCCCCGCAAGCACAGCGGCUGGGUGUACGUCAAAGACGACGGCAUCUUCACGCUGUUCCGGUGGAACAAGCGCUACAUGGCCUUUGGCGACCGCCUGCUCAACUUGUACAAGCAGGAGCCCGAGGAUCCGGCCCGUGACAUGGAUGUUCUGUACCCACUCAGUUUGGUGAGUGCCAUCAACUUGAAGCAGAAUCUGGGGCCGUCCAAAGGUGCGCUGACGUUGGAGCUUGUGUUCAAAAGCGGCUCCAAGCCCUUGUUGGUUGCCGUGAAAUCAAGCACAGAGUACUUGGACUGGCUCGACACUUUUAGCACAAAAUGCCCUUUGGCGCAGAUCGGGCUGGGCGGGACCGUUGCUGUGGGAAACACCGGCGUGUCAAGCCCCAUCAACUUCACCCACAAAGUGCAUGUAGGCUUUGACCCGGCCAGCGGCAGCUUCACCGGUUUGCCCGACGCAUGGAAGAGCAUGCUCCAGCACUCGAAAAUCACCAACGAGGACUGGAAAAAGGAUCCUGUGGCGGUGAUUGAGGUGUUGGAGUUUUACUCGGACAUCAGCGGGCUGGCACAAAAUACGCCUGUGGCGCUGCCGGCGCUUUAUCAAGGCCCUCCGCAAAUGUCUAGCAUUCACGAUGCAGCGAAGCAUGCGCCGUCGAAAACAGACGAAAAGAGCGCUGGUGUGCGGCUUGCCCCGAAGCCGCCCUUGCCAUACCACAUGACGCAGAAGCAAAAGGAAUCGGCGUCGCCGUUGGGCAACUUGCUUCAACAGAAUAACGAUUUGGUGCCUGUACGCCGGGCGCCGCCGCCUCCUCGCACUGACGCACUGCGGCCUCUGCAAAAUGCGCAUGCGCAUGCGGUGCAACAACUGCUGCUGCAACUGCUGCAACUGCUGCUGCAACUGCUGCUUCUGCUGCAACUGCUGCAUCUGCAACAGAAGCCUCUGCUCCUGCAACAACAUCCCCAGCGACAUCAGCUGCCGCCUUCGGCUUCCUUGCAGCGUAAACCACAGGGCGCUGCAUAUCCACCUCCUCGCACCUCUCCUCCGGCUCUCCCCAAUGUGCAUCCCAACGUGAAGAUUCUGCCCGUGAAGGAGAAAACCCCGCCUUCUCGCGUCUCGCCCGACCUCAAACCACUCAAAUUGAAAGCAUCCAAUAAUGCACAGACCAAUGUUUCUUCCAAAGCGCCCGCCAAACUUGCCACGGGACCGGCGCAAACAAAGACUGCCAAACAAAUCAAGAAGGAACGUGAAGCAUUGAAUAACCGCCAAGUUCUUGCAAAGUUGAAAACUGUUGUGAACAACAAUGAUCCAUCCAAUUUGUUCCGUAUCAUUCUGAAAGCAGGCCAAGGUGCCUCAGGUGAAGUUUACCUUGCCGAAUCGCUAAUUCCCGGUCAAAAGGGCAAGAAGGUGGCCAUCAAACAGAUGGAUUUGCAGGCACAACCUAGCAAGGAGCUUAUCAUCAAUGAGAUUUUGGUGAUGAAAGACUCCCAGCACGACAACAUUGUCAACUUUUUGGACUCGUACUUGCGCGGCGACAAUGAUCUUCUUGUGGUGAUGGAGUACAUGGAAGGAGGAUCCUUGACGGAGGUGAUUGAAAACAACGAGUGCAAAUUGAACGAGCGUCAAAUCUCCACCAUCUGCCACGAAACGCUAAAGGGUCUUCAGUUUUUGCAUAAGAAGCAUAUCAUCCACCGUGAUAUCAAGUCGGACAAUGUUUUACUUGAUGCCAAAGGAAACGUGAAGAUCACCGACUUUGGCUUCUGUGCCAAAUUGACCGACCAGCGUUCCAAACGUGCCACUAUGGUGGGCACACCUUACUGGAUGGCUCCGGAAGUCGUCAAACAAAAGGAAUACGACGAGAAGGUCGAUGUUUGGUCGUUGGGAAUCAUGACCAUCGAGAUGAUCGAGGGCGAACCACCGUAUUUGAACGAAGAACCAUUGAAGGCCCUCUACCUCAUUGCCACCAAUGGUACACCUAAGCUCAAGAAACCAGAGUUGCUCAGCAACUCCAUGAAAAAGUUUUUGUCCAUUUGUCUUUGCGUGGACGUGCGGUACCGUGCUUCGACUGACGAGUUGUUGGAGCACCCAUUUAUUCAGUAUAAGAGCACCAAGAUUGAGGAGUUGGCGCCGCUCUUGGAGUGGAAAAAGCAUGCGCACGACGAGCAUUAA